UCUAUAUAGGGCCGGUUUUUCGUCCCGACUCGUUUUUUGAUGCUCCCGAGGCCCAGCGAGGGCCCCCAGGGGCCGAAAACUGCCAAAAGCCGCCUGCUCCAAUUUGUCUUGGAGCGUCGGAUCUCAUGGUCCUGGCGGGGCUCCGUCGGGGCGGGGGCCAGCGACGCCGUCAGGCCGCUUUGGCCCAGCGCCCCCGGGGUCGCAAAGCACGCCCCCGGCCGGGCGGGCCGCCAUGGCGGCCCUCCGAGCCACGCUGUCGCUCGCGCUGCUGCUGCUGCGCCCGGUCGCGAGGAAGGCCACCUCCGCCGCAGACGUGCCCGCAGACCCGCUCGCGGGCGCGGGCGCGGCGGCGCCCUCUGGCACACCUGGCGACGCCGCCGGCGCGGUGGCGCUCGGCGCCCCCACCGCCGCGGGCGGCGCCCUCGGCGGCGCCAGCGGCGCAGGAGGAGAGUCCCUCUGGCGCCGGCCGGGGCCUCCGAGGGGCCCGACGAGGACGUGCUGAGCGACGAGCAGGACGGUGUCCUUCUGGCGCACCGCCUUCGGCGUCGUAGGGUCCCUCAUCGGCGUUGCGUGCAUGAUCGUCUUCCCCUGUGCGUACAAGGCGCGCGUGACGGACGCGAGGCCGCCGUACCCGCCGACGCCAUCCCCGUGCACCUCUCUGCCGCGCCCAUGGUCGGGGCCCCCGGCGACUUCCGCUCCAAUCUCAGCUCGCCUUGCGCGGACGUGGGCGUCUUGUGCCACACGCUGUGCUGCCCCGCGGUGCGUAUCGCGGACACCUACGCCGCGGCGGGGGUCAUGAGCUUCUGGUGCGCGUGUUUCGCCUGGCUCGGCUGCUGGGUCGUCGCCGGCUUCGCAUGCAUGUUGUGGAACGGCCAGUUCGACGACGGCACGCAGCUGCGGGACGAGACGUCCCUGCUGGUAGCUCUGCUGACGGGCUGCGCGCUGCAGGCAUUGGCGUUUGCGCCCAGGCGGCAGUACCUGCGCGUCCGCAACGGCGGCCUGCAUGGGGACUUUGCAACAGGACACCACUUCAUCGUGUGGGCCUGCUGCGCGCCCUGCGCUGCCUCGCAGGAGGCACGCCAGGUCGACUCCGUGCAGGGCGUGGAGGUGCGCUGCUGCUGCCGGCUGGGUCGACUCCGUGCAGGGGCUGGCGUCUGGGUACGCGGGCAUGUCCAUGCUGGGGCCCGCGGGCGUGGUGGGGCCGCCCGUGCAGGCUGGCGGCUACUCCGGCAUGCAGACGCCCUCGUACAUGGCAGGUGGGCCCGGCUACUACCGCUAGGUCCUGGUCUCGGGGGUCGUCGAAAGGCGCAGCAGCGAGUAUCGUGCCACAGCCUGACGCAGGCCUGUCCCGGUCCUGAGCUAAGCCGAGGUGUCCCUGCCGGCUUUCAUUAGGACGUAAUGGUCGCGCCUCUCUUGUUCGCCCAGCCUGUUUUUUGUUUGAAGGCGCAGUGCCCCCCCCCGUUUUUUGCAUGCAUGCAGUGGUGGCGCCUUCCUCUCAGUCUCGUGUCAAGUGGCAACGAGACGCUCAUGCCCUCGCUGUGGCAUCGCAGCCGUGCAGCAUGGUGUACAUUCUACGGAACCAUGAGUAAUGCGCAUUGGCUUCGUCCGCAACCGGAACGAGGCAGAAAGGGACGACACAUGGAUGUUUCUGGAGAAUCAGAGUGAUGGGCCCGAACGGUCGUACAUUGUCCGUGAGUGCGUGGCUGAACUUCGGUUCCACAGUGCGGGUUCAUGCUCUUGUUAGCCGCCCUGCGAGGACCCACCCAUCCAUCCGCGACCCUAUCCACAAUCUGAUCGUCAACUGCGGGGGACUGGUAUUUGUCACUACGGCGCGCUUGUUUUUGCUGCGCGAGCAGGUUCAAUCCACCCUCGCCGCUGGGCCCCCCAGGGGCGCUCCAUGCAUUGUCAGCUAUCGUUUUGGCAUGGCAGCAACGGAGGAUGCGAGAGAUGGAGAAAGGGCGG